AUGUCCGACUCUAGAUCAACAUCCACUGCUCCACAAGAAGAAGAGUAUGAGGAUUUACGUAUUCUUGCUAACGAACCACUCAUUUCCCCAGAACUUUUGAUUAAGGAAAUUCCAGCAACAAAAUCAUCACUUAAAACUGUUAUUCAAAGUAGAAAAGCUGCAACAGCAGUGGUUAAGAAACAAGACGAUCGUCUGUUGGUUGUGGUUGGACCAUGUUCUCUUCAUAAUGAAAAAGUUGCUAUGGAAUACGCAAAUUUGCUUAAGCCUUUGGCAGACGAAUUAUCGGGCGAAUUAGUGGUGGUUAUGAGAGCAUACCUUGAAAAGCCAAGAACAACUGUUGGAUGGAAAGGUCUAAUCAAUGACCCUGAUCUUAAUGGCUCUUUUAAUAUCAACAAGGGUCUAAGAUUGGCUAGAAACAUCUUUGUCAAGUUGACAGAUUUGGGGUUGCCAAUUGGUUCUGAAAUGCUCGACACCACUUCUCCUCAAUACUUAUCUGACUGCUUGUCCUUUGGUGCCAUUGGUGCUAGAACAACAGAAUCUCAAUUACACAGAGAACUAGCUUCUGGUUUAUCAUUUCCUGUUGGUUUUAAGAAUGGUACAGAUGGUACCUUGGGUGUUGCCGUCGAUGCCAUUCAAGCGGCAGAAGGUUCCCACCAUUUCAUGGGUGUUACCAAAUCCGGAUUGGCCGCAAUUAUUACUACUAAGGGUAACGACUCUUGCUUUGUUAUUCUAAGAGGUGGUAAGAAGGGUACCAAUUAUGAUGAAGCUUCAGUCAAGGAAGCAAAGGAAAAACUACCAAAGGGUAAGACUAUAAUGGUUGACUGUUCUCAUGGUAACUCCAAUAAAGAUUACAGAAACCAGCCUAAGGUUUGCUCCGAAGUUGCUAGACAAGUUGCUAAUGGCGAAGAUGAUAUCAUUGGUGUGAUGAUCGAGUCCAACAUCAACGAGGGUAACCAAAAGAUCCCACAGGAUCUAUCACAAUUGAAGUACGGUGUCUCUGUCACUGAUGCCUGUGUCAACUGGAAUACUACUGAAUCCAUGCUCAGAGAACUUGCAAAUGCCGUUAAAUCUAGAAGAUCUCUCAAGGCUUAA